UGCACGCUGCCACCGAGCCUGUGCUUGGGGACACUCCCCGUGAGCCGGAGACAUGGCGACGGAGGACAAGAAGCCCGAGACGGAGGCCACCCGUGCACAGCCCACCCCCUCGUCCUCGGCCACGCAGAGCAAGCCCACACCUGUCAAGCCAAACUACGCGCUCAAGUUCACGCUGGCUGGGCACACGAAGGCUGUGUCGUCCGUGAAGUUCAGCCCCAACGGGGAGUGGCUGGCCAGCUCCUCUGCUGAUAAACUCAUCAAGAUCUGGGGGGCUUACGAUGGGAAGUUCGAGAAGACCAUUUCUGGGCACAAGCUGGGCAUUUCGGACGUGGCCUGGUCCUCAGACUCAAACCUGCUGGUUUCUGCCUCCGACGACAAGACCCUGAAGAUCUGGGAUGUGAGCUCGGGCAAGUGCUUGAAGACCCUGAAAGGCCACAGCAACUAUGUCUUCUGCUGCAACUUCAACCCUCAGUCCAACCUCAUUGUCUCUGGCUCGUUUGACGAGAGUGUGCGGAUCUGGGACGUGAAGACCGGAAAGUGCCUGAAGACGCUGCCCGCACACUCAGACCCUGUCUCUGCUGUCCACUUCAACCGUGAUGGCUCCUUGAUCGUGUCCAGCAGCUAUGAUGGGCUCUGCCGCAUCUGGGACACGGCCUCGGGCCAGUGCUUGAAGACGCUGAUAGACGACGACAACCCGCCCGUGUCCUUCGUCAAGUUCUCGCCCAACGGCAAGUACAUCCUGGCCGCCACCUUGGACAACACGCUGAAGCUCUGGGACUACAGCAAAGGCAAGUGCCUGAAGACGUACACGGGCCACAAGAAUGAGAAGUACUGCAUCUUCGCCAACUUCUCCGUCACCGGAGGGAAGUGGAUCGUGUCGGGCUCCGAGGACAACCUGGUGUACAUCUGGAACCUGCAGACCAAGGAGAUCGUGCAGAAGCUGCAGGGCCACACGGACGUGGUCAUAUCGACGGCCUGCCACCCGACCGAGAACAUCAUCGCCUCGGCCGCGCUGGAGAAUGACAAGACCAUCAAGCUGUGGAAGAGUGACUGCUAGGCGGCGGCUGCGCUGCAGGACCUGCCCAGGCCCCGCGCCCAGCAGGGAGUCCCGGGGCUCCCCGAGUGCCCGCCCCUUGGCCCACCCCGGGCCGUGCGGAGAGUCCAUAGGAAUUUUUAAUUUUUUAUUACAAAGUG